AGAAGAGAGGAAAGGAAAGGAAAGGAAAGGAAAAGAAAGGAAAGGAAAGGAAAGGAGGAGAAAGUGGAAGAAGAAGAAGAAGAAGAAGAAGAAGAAGAAGAAGAAGAAGAAGAAGAAGAAGAAGAAGAAAAAUAUGAAGAAGAAAAAGAGGAAGAAGACGAGAAGGAAAAAGAGGAGGACAAGGAGAUAAAAAUAAAAGAAAAAGGAGAAAAGGACGAAUACAAGAAA